AGUGAUAUGCAGUGUUCCAAUUUGACCAGAGACCUACACUUCAUCACAAGACCUCUCAGUCGUGAGGAGGAGGACUAUCCUUUAGCGUUCAUUGUGACUAUUCACAAAGAGCUGGAGCUGUUUGUGCGCCUGUUGCGGGCCAUUUACAUGCCACACAACGUCUACUGCAUUCAUGUGGAUGAUAAGGCUCCGUUAGAGUACCAGGCGGCUGUACUAAAGGUCCUUAGCUGCUUUAACAAUACUUUCCUCUCCAGCCGCAGCGAGACAGUGACGUACGCUGGGUUUUCCCGCCUGCGAGCAGACAUUCACUGCAUGAAGGAUCUAGCAAAGUCCGAGAUAGGCUGGAAGAAGGUGGUGAAUCUGUGUGGACAGGAUUUCCCCGUCAAGAGCAAUCUGGAACUGGUGCGGUACAUGCAGAGCAAAGAGUGGAGGGACAGAAAUAUGACGCCUGGGGUCAAGCAGCCAAAAUACAUGAGGCACAGGACACGACUCCAGCACAAGGAGAUAACAGGCAAACACGUAACUCUGAAAGGGACGGGGGUGACGAAAGUUCCUCCGCCUCACAAUCUGCAAGUUUAUUUUGGAACAGCCUACUACGCUCUCACAAGAGCUUUUGUAGACUUUGUCCUGGAAAACCCAGUAGCCCAGGACCUCUUGGAGUGGUCCAAAGACACAUUUAGUCCAGACGAGCACUACUGGGUGACACUCAACCACAUCCAAGAAGCUCCAGGCAGCCACGUAGAUGGAGGUUGGAAAGGAGACAUUCGAGCAAUCAAGUGGAGGGAUCAGGCAGGAAGGACACAUAAUGGCUGCAAAGGGCGUUAUGUACGCGACAUCUGUAUCUAUGGAAUGGAAGACCUGCCGUGGAUCGUCAAAAAGAACAGCAUGUUUGCCAAUAAGUUUGAGAGUAAACGGUUUCCUGAGGCCCUGGACUGCCUGGAGCAGUGGCACAGGAAUAAGGUGUUAAACCAGUCAACUGUUCCCAUAGAGCCAUCAUGGCUGCUGGCCACACAAAGCAACUGAAGCAGCAGCUACUUCAACAGCAUUGCUGGAGCAUGAAAUCGCUGCUGGUAUCCUCAACAAAAGUCAGGAUACAUGCAGUUCAGAUUUGCACUUUUUCAGCGGCUGUGACUCAAAAUGUGAGUUGGAAAAAGAUGAGCAGAAAACUGUCAGAGAAUGCGCAGCCCACAGCCCACUUCCUCUGUAACACGUCUACUGUAGUGUUGCAAUUUGACUUUUUAUGAAACCGUAAGAUAGCUGUUCUAUAGAAAGUGUGGACUGAAAUAUCUUAACAGAGAAGCAAUGCACUGUAAAGUACAGUUACGUACAAUCAACCCAAGUGUAUAACAUAUUUAUGACAACUACACUAGACAAAGUAUAGAAUACACUGAAUAUGUAUUUGAUAUUAUUUAGUGUAAUAUUUAAUACUGUUUAAUUUAAUAUUGUUCAAGAUAAAAAAAUACUGAUUAAAUUAUUGUCUGUUUUUGUCUGUUAAUUAGUAAAGUAGCAGUUAUAAAUGA